CACAUGCUUCUCUUUGGGGACGAGUUACCAUGAGGACUGAAGGGACGGUAACGUUAGGUUGCGUGGUGAACAAUGGUGAGCUGUAAACAAAUUCAUCUAAUCUUUUUAAGGGACCACACGUGUUUGGGUUUUUACUUUCCUUUAUAGAAAAUGCAAGUUUCUGUUCCAGUCAGCAACCCCCACAAAGGACAGACCACGAACAGCCAGCUCCUGAGCAGGACUAUGGAUGCCUCCCACACGUUUGUCUUGAAACAUGCCAAGGACGAAAGAGUCAGUCUGUUUUCUAAAUCCCCUUCACCCCUGGACGCCCACACAGAGUUCCAGUAACUGAUGACCUUCAGUCGAAUGGCUUUAUCGGGUCCCAUGAAGAGGCGGAUCCUGCUCUCCCUCUGCUUCCUCUGCGUUUUACUGCUGUGUCUUUUCAAUGGAUGGCAGAGAAGCUUCAACGGUCCGCCGCCUGUCAAUCCCAUCAGUACCUGCAGGAGCAACUGCAGCAGCAACAAAACAACGGUGACCAUCCUGCUGUGGCACCGGCCGUUCAAUACGCCGCUCAGCCUGGAGGGUGACGUGUGCUGGGAUCUCUACCACAUCCCUCGCUGUCGGCUGGUGGACCAACGCUCCUUUUUGUCCUCUGCCGAUGUGGUGGUAUUCCACAACCGAGAGCUGAUGAGCGGCCAUCAGAAGCUGCCUGUUGACUCUCCGCGACCACAGGGUCAGAGGUGGGCCUGGAUGUCCCUGGAGGCACCCGUUCAUAAUGGGGAUUUGAGGCGUUUUGCACAUAUGUUUAACAUGACGAUGAGCUACAGGAGGGAUGCAGAUAUCCCAAUACCCUACGGCGAGCUGCUACCAAAAGAGGCUGACGGCCAGCUGACUGAAGAUGUCCCUCUGAAUAAGACCACCCUGGUCUGUUGGGUGGUCAGUAACUACAACAGGUACCAGAAAAGGAGCAAAGUCUACAAAGAACUUAAAGCCACAGUCGAUGUGAAAGUUUAUGGGCGCUGGACAAAGAAGCCCCUCCCCUCUGAAGACCUGUUGCCUACAAUCUCUCGCUGCUACUUUUAUUUGGCUUUUGAGAAUUCACUCAGCAAAGAUUAUAUCACAGAGAAGCUGUGGAAGAAUGCUUACCUCGGCAGGGCCGUGCCUGUUGUACUGGGUCCACAACUGAGCGAUUAUCAAGCCGUGGCUCCACCCAACUCCUUCAUCCACGUCGACCAAUUCCCAUCAGUGAGGGAAUUGGGAAAGUACUUACAAAGUCUGGCCGAGGACAAGAAACACUACUCGGACUAUUUUAACUGGAAACUGAAGUGGAGUGUGAAAUUACACACAGACUGGAGGGAAAGACUGUGCAAGAUCUGCCCACAGUACAACCGUUUACCUGAGCAGAAGGUUUACUCAGACCUGCAGGCCUGGGUCAACGCUGAUAGCGCCUGACCUUUUACAAGUGGCGCUGUCAGUUCACCUGCGCUCUUGACACGUGCACACACGAUGACCAUAUUACUGUUUGUGGUACUGUAGUAAUCACUACACUAUUUAAAACGUGAAGCAAUCUAAAUGUAGUUAUUUUUUUAUGGAAUCAUGUAUAAAUUCACAUGACAUUGUCACAACUUCUUACUGUAUCAAGAACAGCGACUGAGUUUGUACUCUUGUUAUUCUUAACAUUUUAGAACUGACUCCUGCUAUCUCUCUAUCUUUUAGUAUGUUGUACUUCCUGCUGAGUUACACAAAGUUGUUGAGUCUGCACACUAAACUACCAUGCAGUUAGGUUGGGUUCACAGAGCUGCUGUUGUGUGGUUGUGUCAAAUAAACACAAAUAUAUUUAUGUAAUUUUGUUGUGUACAAUGUUCAAGAAGUAAAAGAAA